UCGACUCUAAUCCCGCGAACGGUUCGCAGGGUGGCGAUAAACCGGAAUCGAUCCUGUGCUCCCUACACCAGAGAUCAUUAGGGACCCGUUGGUUCCAGAUGACAACACUUGGACGUGUCACUGAUUCUCCAUAAAACCGACUUGUCGUUCAGAGUGAACUUGUGGCUCCUCGGUGAUGAUCGUGGUGUACAAAUGGUGCGAUGUGUGAUAAAUGAACCACUGUCACGAAAGAAUCGAUGAAACGAUCGAAGAGAUUGCGCGAAAGUGAGGACACGUAUUUUCAGAGGAUCCGGGACAUUCGAUUGUCCAAUUGGAAUAUUGAAUGGUGAUAAGAUUUAGAUGAUAGUGGCUAGUAUUUGAGUAAGAAGAGAAUUUAGAAUGUCGGAGGAGCGCGUAAAACCAUCGGAAUCUGCCAAGGAAUCGACAGAGUUAGCCGAAAGCCCGAAAUUAUGCUCGUUCAGCAUUGAAAGCCUUUUAGCGCCAACCAAGAAGAGCACGGGGGACGAAAGGCGUGUGCCCAUUCAAACCGAAGUUUAUUUGCACGGUCAUGAAUCGAACGACUCGGAUGGCCGGAAAUUGGUAGCGCCGGAUUCAUCGAUGAUCAUGGUGGAGGAUAUCGAAUUCGAUGAUUCCGAUAUGGUUUGCUCCACUUCUCCUGAACCAGAAAUGUGCUACGAAGCGUGCACCAGCAGCAGUGGUGCCAACUCCACGACAGGUGCGGAUAGAGACGGUCAAGAAAAAAGCGGAGGUGCGAUCAGCGACGACGAGAGGAAGAAGAGGCCGCGGACCGCGUUCACCGCGUCGCAGAUUAAGUCGUUGGAAGCGGAAUUCGAGAGGAACAAAUACCUGAGCGUGGCGAAGAGGUUGCAGCUCAGCAAGAGCCUCAAACUCACCGAAACGCAGAUUAAGAUUUGGUUCCAAAACAGACGCACCAAGUGGAAGAGGAAAUACACAAACGAUGUAGAGUUGCUGGCACAACAAUAUUAUUCCAGUCUGGGAAUUCCAGCGCCUCGGCCGAUUUUUGUCGGAGAUCGUUUAUGGUUCUUUAAUUAUCCGGGACAACCGCAACCAGGAACGCCAAUCUUCCCUCAACAUUUAGCGACAGUGCCUUUACCACCUGCCUUACCCAUCGUGCAACCACUGCCGAGUAAUUUAUCAAUGGGACAACAGUCUUCGAUUUUUCAAAAUAUCCCCACAAAUAGUCAACCGUAUCAUUUGAGUCAGAGAUUAGACUUUCGGCAUCCGGACUCGUAAAUAAACAAGUGGCUAGCAGUUGUGUUAAACCUAAGAAUGUGUGUGUCCACCGCAAUGAAAUUAUAGUGCGCGAACGAAUCGCUAAAAACUGGGAUCACGUAUGGUAGAUAUCGUUAACCAUUUUAGAACGUAGUGCACUGUAUCGUAAUUUAUGUUAGUGUUUUCAAACUUUGAAAUUGUAAGUCUUUCUACUAUGUGGGUGAAUGAGAGAAUUGGAACGAUUCGGAAGUUGCGCCAAACGCGGCGCUAUCGAUACAUAUCACGUUUGAAAAAUGAUAUCCAAAAGGAUUGGAUAUUCGUCGGUAAAUAGAUAAAAAGUUAAAGAUUCGACGGAAAGUACGGUAUUUUUUGUACUUGCAUUUAUUGUAAGGAGAGAUGCAAUAUAUACAGUAUGGAGAUUUUUUUCGAACGCAGUCUGUUCAUUUUUAAUCGACGAACUGAACAAACAUAUUUUCAUCUCCAAAUAAGUAUACUCAUAAAUAAUAUUGUAUUUUUGUCUUAUA